AUGAAGAAAGCUGCACCUGCUGCAAACGCUGCCCGAGACGCCGGAUCUCACGAUCAUAUGCUCCAAGGAGGGCAUGCAAUCAUGAAAGACGACCCGGAGGACUUCAAUGCUCCCAAGCUUUCCGAGAACAUGUCGAAGCAGACUGGCCUUGGGGGAUCCAAGCAGGGCAACUUGCUAGGCGGCCCCAGCACAGGCGAUAUGAUGAAUACGGCCACGUAA